AUGCUCUCCAUUGCAGAUCACAUGCGCUGGCGGAGCAAACAAAACGGAAACAAACCCAGAAGGACCACGUACUCCCUGCUUUCGUUCCUCUGGCACAUCAUCUUCGCUCACCCCCUUCUGCGCUCAGCAAAGCCCGAAGGCACCCACUAUAUUUUCAUCAACUUCAACGCCUGGGAAUAUGCAGGGUGCGACCACACCUGGGCCGGCAUCGUCACAACGCUGCUGGAUGAAAUCGAAGGCAACUACAGGAUCCCGUUCAGCACUUUCCGGUCCUUUGGCGUGCGAUUCAAGGAAGAGCCGGUUACACGGAGAAAGAAAUGGGCUUUGAAAAGAUGGAGCAAGCUCUUCUGGCUUGGCCUGUUGUGCCUGUUCCUCGGAUUGUUUCUGAGCACGGUGCUGACGAGGCUGAAAUUGGGCGGCGAUUUAUGGGAAAGCGUGGCGUACGCAACAACAGUAGUGCUGUGCGCAUCUUCUCUGCCUUUUAUGUGCUGCACGAAAAACAUUUUAUUCACCCUGAAAAAGAAACUCCAGGCGAAAAUGAACGCCAAAGACCAGCUGGGCUUCAUGCACUUUGUGAAGGAAGAGGUGAAAACAAUCACUCAUUUCCUACAAUUCAUGGCGUUCGAGGAGGACCGAGAGAUCCGGGUGGUCCUGAAGAUCGUCAAUUUAGACCUCUGCACUCCGGACAAAGUGGUGGCCGUCUUAGACGCCAUCAAAAUCCUCCUUUCGGAUGAAGACGCUCCGUUUAUCACCAUCUUGGCCGCUGACCCAGGAAUCCUCGUGGACAGCAUCCAGUCGUCGAAGAACACCUGCAGCAAUGGCUACCUGUACUUAAAUCGAAUUGUCUCUCUCCCCUUCUCCCUGCCCCGGAUGAGCUGCAAGGGCAAGAGGCGGAUGCUCGCGGGGAUUCUGAACGGAAGAAAGAAACGGGGGCAGGAUUGUGCUCCUAAUCGGGAAACACGGGCUCACAAGCACAACAGCAAAGGGGUCAGAGAAGCCAAGGGCUCGUUGGCCACAGAGGAAGUCCACCACAUCUUCCAAGACCUGAGCCAUGAGAAUUUUGAAGACUACGUCCCAGGAAAUUUUGUCCAAAUGAACAGGGUCGUCAACACGGUGCUGACCAUUAGGUCCAUGCUUGACCUAGGAUAUAAGCCCCAAUCCGGGCUGAACGUCAGUAGGGAAGAUGGCAGGUUGGUGACCAAAGAGGUGGUCGAUUGGGUCCUCCUCGCCCAUUUUUGGCCUUGCCGCCUGAGCUGGAUUUUGCAGUGUGCGGAAGAUGAGCAUCAGCGAGGAAAGCUCACCGAAAGCCAUGGCUCCCAGCUGAAGCAAGGCCAUGGCAGAGGUGGAGGAGGAGGAGGAGAUCGGCAGGACAAAGCGUCGGAAAGAGACAGCAAGGCGUUGUUGCCGUUUUACGAGGACAACGCUUUGGAGCUGGACAAGAUUAAGAGCGACAUCAGAAAACUCUUGGAGCUCGACGGAGACCCUGACCUUUUCCGAACCUUCUUGCAGAAGAGCCAUUUUACGGUGGGGAGGGCCAGGUAUUUUUCCAACUUCCUCAUCAAUUUAGACUUCUCCCUGAAGAGGCAGUUUGAGUUGCAGCGGGGCCUGAAUCACAUAGUCCGGAGGGGAAACAAGGAGGGCGAGUCACCAUCUGAGGAGAAAAGUGCUGGGUUGAAAGGUGAAGGGUAA